AUGUCAUUUGGUGGUAAGAGUGAAUACGAUCGUGGCGUGAACACCUUUUCCCCUGAGGGUCGCCUCUUCCAAGUUGAAUACGCGAUAGAAGCCGUGAAGCUGGGUUCUACGGCAAUUGGUAUUACUACAAAGGAGGGAGUGGUGUUGGCUGUAGAGAAAAGGAUAGGAAGUCCUCUUAUUGAGCCUAGUAGCAUCGAGAAGAUCAUGCAGAUAGCCCCUCAUGUCGGAUGCGCUAUGUCUGGAUUGACCGCUGAUGCGAGGACUCUGGUGGACCAUGCUCGUGUGGAGGCGUUGAACCACGACUUCACUUACAAUGAGCCCAUGCAGGUUGAGAGUAUUGUGCACAGCAUAUCUGACAUGGCAUUAGACUUCUCGAGAUCGGACGAUAAGAAGAAGAAAGGCGACAAGAAGAAGAAGACUAUGUCCCGACCUUUUGGUGUAGCCCUGUUGGUAGCUGGUGUGGACUCUGAUAACGGUCCUCAACUCUUCAUGGCUGACCCUAGUGGUUCUUAUACGAAAUACCGUGCUGCUGCUAUUGGCUCGGCCGCUGAGGGGGCAACAAGUCUUCUAUUAGAACAAUUUAAAGAGAGUAUGACCCUGAAAGAGGCUGAGGAUUUAGCGUUGGUGGUAUUACGGCAAGUAAUGGAGGAGAAAAUCACUGAGAUCAAUGUGGAAGUCGGGAUUGCUAAAGAUAGCGCUUUCAAGACGUACUAG